AUGAUUGCGGGGGGGUUUGGAGGUAUGGUUGGUGAUACAGUAAUGCAUUCUCUCGAUACAGUCAAAACAAGACAACAAGGUUUCCCCAAUAAUUUGAAGUACAGAAAUAUGAUUCCUGCUUAUAUUACUAUUAUCAAACAAGAAGGUUUUUUCCGAGGUCUUUAUGGUGGGUAUUUACCAGCUAUUUUGGGGUCAUUUCCUUCCACUGCUGCAUUCUUUGGGACCUAUGAAUAUACCAAACGUACACUAAUCAAUAAUUUCGGUUUCAAUGAUACAAUAUCGUAUUUUGCAGCAGGUGUUUUGGGUGAUUUGGCUAGCAGUGUAUUUUACGUACCAUCAGAAGUGUUGAAAACUAGAUUGCAACUUCAAGGGAAAUUCAAUAAUCCCUUCACUAAAGGUUGUGGGUAUAAUUAUAGUGGUCUUGGUAAUGCUGUAGUAACCAUUGGAAAAACAGAAGGUCUCAAGACCCUUUUAUUUGGUUAUAAGGAAACAUUAUUCAGGGAUUUACCCUUUAGUGCCUUACAGUUUGCCUUUUACGAAAGAUUUAGGCAAUUUGCCAUAUAUUCAAACAGUGGAGACUCGGAUUUACCUGUCAGUAUAGAGUUACUAACAGGUGCUGCGGCUGGUGGACUUGCUGGAACAUUAACAACUCCAUUAGAUGUUAUUAAGACAAGAAUACAAACUGCUACCUUAGAGGGAGACGAAGCAAGCGCUUUCAAAGGUACCACAACGCAUAAGAAGGGAUCAAUUACUCUGAUUUUCCAACGUUCAUCAACCCUAAGAGCCUUAGGUUCUAUUUAUCGGAAUGAAGGUAUUGUGGGAAUGUUCAGUGGAGUUGGACCUCGGUUCAUUUGGACAGGUGUACAGAGCUCUAUUAUGCUUCUAUUGUAUCAAGUUGCAUUAAAGAGGUUAGACUCCUAUUUGGAUGAUGAGGGAGAUAUUUUGGAAUGA